AUGCCGAAGGAGGUUUUCAAGGCAGACCUGGCGACAAGGUUGAUGGCGGCAUCCAACGACUACGAUGUUGCGGACAACUCAGGGCCACCGUCGUCUUCUCAUCGGCGGAGCUCCGCCACCGUGAUUAUGCAGCCCGCCGCCGCCCCUCCGCAUCCCAUCGCCGGAAUCGGAUGCGACCAAGGAGUUUGCGACGGAAACCAGCCGCCCAUCGCCUGCAGCGGUACCGUCCUCCGCCUUCAACCACCGCCCGUCGACACAAUCUCACCACGCCUGUUUCGCCGAUUCCGUCUCCACCGUCCUUCACUUCCGUCACCAACCGCGGCUCUCCAGCCCUGCCACAUCUCCUGCCCCGGUAGCAACGCCUCCUCAUCCUGGCAUAGGCGGCUCCACAGCUAG